AUGGCGUCUGCCUCAGAACCCUCCAUAUCAUUAGAAGAUGAUCGGAUCGAACCAAAACAUUCACCCAAAGACAACUCCAACACUCAAGCAGUCGACCAUGGUUCCCAAGAAGAAUCCCAAUCAUCGAUCCUCGAGCUCCAAGAAGCCCUUGGGCCGCUCCUCCUCGCCCGCAAACACAAAUGUACAUGCCUCACCCAACACCGCAAAAUCCCAUUCAUCCCCAGCCACGGCUGCCUCGACGCCCGCGAACCCCUCAAGCCAAACUGGACUGGUGCCUUCCGACUCUUCUCCUUGCCCAGCGAACUACGUGACAAGAUCUACCUCCACUACCUCCACCGUCCAAGCGACUACACUUGGACUCGAUACAGCAGAGCGCGCAACUUUGCACCAAAGCAACGCCCCGCUGACGACGUAAUGAGUCUCCUGCUCACAUCGCGUCAAGUCCACGCCGAAGCCUGGGACGUCUUUUGUCGCUACAGCACCGUCUACCUCAACCGGGACCCCAGGGAUAUCUACGCUAAACGUCUCGACGAUAUCUUACGCUACUUCCCCUACAGGCCGUCGCGAACCCUGCAAUGCGUAGGAAGCGUCUACUGGAGCAACAGCACCUGGGGCAAUGAAAACGGCGCACCAGACUCCUUUCUCCAGAUCCUCCGCGACGCCCACGAGAUGAAAGCCCAGUUCCCCCGGCUCCGCAUCUUCAGCGUGCGCUAUGGUGCACAUGGUCCGUCCGAUGCAGAACCGCUACUCGUAGACUGCAACUGGAGCGAGCAACGCAAGAUCGCAAAGAUGCUCGAUUGGAUGAGGCACGUCGUCGCGCAGAGCAACAUCGAGCCGCCUGCAUGGGUACGCUGGAAAUUGUUCGGGCACUGGAGGCAGGAUGAGCCAUUCACAGAGCGCGAUCAGAAUUCGAUGGGUAAGGCGUAUGGACUGCUAGUUAGGGAAUGUAGCGGGCGGAGCGCGUGCGAGGAUUCUGGUAGUAAGUGGAUUGAAGAGACGUCGAGGCUGGGAGGAAGGCGUAGACGUCAAAAGCCGUAA